GGGACAGAAGGUGGCGAACUGGGCAAAGAGAGAGAGAGAGAGGGAAAGAGUGACGCGCGCAUAGAACUGUCCUACAAGAUUUUAGUGUUUUUCUCUCUCUCUCUCUCUCUAUUUUCUAUGGCGUGUGUGAAGGUGGUGGCGGCGGCGGCGGUGGUGGCCUGCUGUCUGCUGGCCACCGCGGCGCAGGAGGAGGCGGCGGCGAAGGCGGUGGCGGUGGUAGAAGAGGAGGGGGCGGAGGGGGCGGAGGGGCGGAGGCGGGCGAGGAAGGUAAGCGUGACAAGCGUUUCUACCCCUUCCCUCCAGGGUUCGGGGGUCGGUACUACCCCGGGGGCGCGCCAGGUGGUCGGCCCCUCCACCCGUGGCACUACGGAGCCCCGGGGUACGCCCACCACCCCGCCUUCAACCCCUACCACCCCUUCUGGUUCACCUGCCAGGCAAACCCCUACUACUGCUACCCUAACUACCCCCCCCACCCACACUCCCCCAGGGGCUCCCCACACUCCCACGCCAACCGCGGCCAGGCGCCCCCCUCCCCCUCCUUCCCCGGGGACUCCCUGUUGA